UGCCUUGUUCUCAUCAAAACCCGAAAUGGAAUACUCCAUUUUAGUUGCUUGUUUCCUUACCUUUGCUAUAUUUCAUUCAUCACAAGCUCAAAAUUCUCCACAACAAAAUUUUCUUAACGCUCACAAUACAGCUCGUAGACAAGUUGGAGUCAGCCCUAUGACGUGGGACAAUAGGCUUGCAGCUUAUGCCCAAAAUUACGCAAAUCAAAGAAUUGGUGACUGCGAUAUGAUCCACUCUCAUGGCCCAUACGGAGAAAACCUAGCCGCCGCUUUCCCCCAGCUCAACGCUGCCGGAGCCGUGAAGAUGUGGUUCGAUGAGAAGAAAUGGUACGAUUAUAAUUCGAAUUCUUGUGCACCAGGAAAAGUAUGUGGACACUAUACUCAAGUGGUGUGGCGUAAUUCAGUACGUCUUGGUUGUGCCAGGGUUCGAUGCAACAAUGGGUGGGUUUUUAUAACGUGUAAUUAUGAUCCACCAGGUAAUUAUAUAGGACAACGCCCGUAUGGUGAUCUGGAAGAACAACCUGCCUUUGAUUCCAAAUUGGAUCUUCCAACUGAUGUCUAAUUAUGAGUUUACGUAAUCAAAUCAUGAAUGAAUAAAGUUUCAAUGUGUUAAUUAAAAUAAUAACAAGUGUUAUUAUGUGAUGUUAUCAAUCUUCCUGAUGAGUUUAAUGAUAAUGUAAUGGGUGCAUAGGUAAAUAUAUAUAGUCGAAAUUGAUGUCCAUAUAUAUAUGGAUCAUUUGGACCCGUGCAUCUGAAUGUUAGUUGAUUAACCAGUUUAUGUA